AUGUCUGACUCACAUCGUCAUCAUUUAUCAACACACCAUCAUCGUGAAUCAUCUCGUCAUCGUUGUGAAUUAUUUCAUCGACCACCAUCACACUCACCUUCUCCAUCAUCUCAGUCUACUCAUUCAUUAUCCGGUUCGAAACGUACAUCAAUGCAUGUUCAUGAACAUUAUCCAUCAUUUCACAUUUCUUCAUCAAGUCAUGAACUUCGAAUUGUGAACAGAGAUACGCUGGCUGAGAUUAUUGACGAAAUGAUAAUCCAUGCGAAGCGAGUGAAACAAUAUUCGAUUGAUACGGAAUCGGAAAUGACAAAUAAUGAAUUAUCGUUAAUUCAGAUCAAUUCAAUGCCAGGUGACUCGAAAUCGAUAGUGAUGUUAAUUGAAUUGAACAACUUACCAAGCCAACAUUCAACGAAAUAUGAAAAAGUCUGUGCCUUGGUUCGAUGGCUUUUUAGGUUGGACAAUGAGAUUUACGGAUGGGGAAACAUUCAUAGAGAACUCGAACCGGAAUCAAAGAUAAUUAGUCGACCACUUCUAGCAAAGUUAAUCGACAUACAACCACAUUUCUCAACAUGGUAUAAUGGGGCACGGACCCAGUGCUGGGUCCAGAGCCCGUCGUAUCGAAUCAACAUUACCAAGGAUGGAACUAGAACUAUUCAACAGCUCAAUCAAGAUUCUUUCUGUCGUUGUCAUUCACCAUCACCAUACAAACCCAAUGAACUAUGGUCACUCCAGAACGCACUGAAGUAUGCAUGUAAAUUACAUCUCGAUAAAACUUAUCGAUUAAGUCAUUGGUCGGCAAGUACAUACGCCCAAACAGAUGAUACUGUUAAUUUCAUCUUAGAAAUUCCCGUGUUUCAGUUCAUGUGCGAUGUUUUUCCAGUCUCAUUAGCUCAUGCUAUGAAGGCUUGUACACAAUAUCGAACUCGUCUCUUAGAGAACGGUAGUGCCCGUCGACUGAAUGAAUUGGCGGAAGCUCAUGUCGGGCAGCGACAAAAAAGACAAUUAGGAGAGGUUGCUGUGGGUAGUGUUGCCGUGUAUGGUGCGUAUAAAAUUAUUGGUGAUCUUUUCGGAGGAAAGAAUGAUGAAAUUAUCGAUCGGUUAGAUAGAAGUGAGAACUUUCAAAAACAUCAAGAGAAAUUAAACGACGCGCUUGUUACAUCAAUUCUAUCGUUAGAAGACAAUAACUUAGUUAUGUUGAAAAGUUUUAAACAGAUGUUCGAUAGUGUGAAUGAAACACGUUCUUACAUUCAUAAUCUAUUAAAAAUGUCGAUAAGAGAGCAAAGAACAUUUACAGGUUGGGCAAAAUUUUCGUUGAAAAGUGAAAUGCGUAGACAUUAUGAACAAAUUAUGUCGGCUUUUAUGAGAGUUGAGAAUCAUGAUUUAAAUCUCGAAAUGUUUUCUCCGGAACAAAGAACAUUUAUUCACGAGAUUUUAUGGCGUCGCAUUGAAAAAUCUUUACCGUUAAACUUUUCGAUUUCAUUAGCUCAGUUUGUGCCUAAUCUUCUAGUGCAACAAAUAAUAUCCUUUGAUCAAGUAAAUGAGAGUGAAAUCGUAUAUGAAUUGAAAGAAGAGGAUUUUAAUUUUGUAAUUGAAACAGAUUCACAUGACAUUGCUGCUAGAAAUGAAACGAUAGAUCUUGAUACCAUAUUGCCAAAAAUUGUCGGACAUGCUCGAAUAGAAAAUAUCUUCGGUAUUCCAUCAAAUUCCUCUUCUAAAAAAACAGAUCUUUUUAAAAUAACACGUCUUCCAAUGUUUAUUGAUAAAAAGAGAGCACUUUAUACUGCAAAUCUUCCACAAUAUUUAACGUUAGCUGACGAUGGAAGUUCUUCGGAGUGGUUGGAGCAUAAGAAUAGAAAAUGUAACACGGAUGAACAAUUGAAAUUUAUGUAUUGUUCUAUUCCAGUACCUGUGUUUAAUGUAAUUCAACAUCCUUGUUUGAGAUCAAUUAUAUUAAACACAUCUGUUAAUGAUUGUCUAAGAGAAACGGUUGAUUUGUCUUCGCCACAAGUGAUUGAAUUCGCACCUAAUAUACAUGCAAUUAGCGUUCACACACCAUUGCAAUGUUUUGAAAAAGGUGAUAAAAAAAAAUUUAAACGUAUUCAGUAA